AUGACGUACUCUAGCGGAGGUGGCGCGACGCAGCCAACUAAGACACUAAUAUCUCGCACACUGUUGGAGCUCAAGAUGGACGGCAUUCCAGCGAUGGAACUUCGAGUAGGAGAACUUUACUGGAAACAGGAGGGACCAUACGGCUGGACACUGGGUCAAGUCUUGGCUUUUGAUUAUCAGCAGCAGAACGCUACGUUUUGUCUGAUUGAUGAAGCCACGGGUGAGCAAGUAUUACCACAGACGGAGCAAGUCGUGGACCUGCGACAGUCGCCAAUGCUCGCUGCCAAUCCACUGUUUAGUACCGCAGCAGACAUGACGUCGCUACGUCAUCUACACGAAGCUGCUCUGGCCAAAAACUUGGAGGACCGAGCAGCGUUGCAGCACCAGCGUCCAUAUACUUUCAUGGCCAAUGUAUUGAUUGCGGUGAACCCGUUACGUCAAUUGCCAGACCCGGACAAGUUCCUGUUUGUCGGUCAACCUUUGGACCGAUGUCCACCACACCCGUACAAUGUGGCAGAGAACGCUUAUCGACAACUAUGUGCGGUACGUGCUGUGAUGCAGAACCAAAGCGUUAUCAUCAGUGGAGAGAGCGGUUCUGGCAAGACUGAAACGUCCAAGAUGAUCCUGGAUUUCUUGACGAUGAGGGCAGUCCACAACCCGGCAUUAUCGUCAGCAUCCUGCACUUCGGACGAUGAGAUGGAGCCGGAAUUUACGGUGAAUAAUCGACCUGUGCUGGGAUGUAGAGGCCCACCUGGCUCGUCGACACUUGCCAUGUCGUACCCGCAGUCUAGCGGCAAGAGGAAGUUAUCUCCGGUGGUAGUGGGUGAAAGAUUGAUGGAAACGAUUCCCAUUUUGGAGUCGUUUGGCAACGCCAAGACACACCGCAACCAUAAUUCGAGCCGAUUUGGCAAGUACAUGAGAUUGCAGUUUGCUAACGAGACGCACGAGCUUUCAGGUGCCAGUAUUGAUACGUAUCUGCUGGAAAAGAGUCGACUGGUGUUUCAACCGCAGGGAGAGAGGAAUUUUCAUGUGUUUUAUGAAUUAUUGCACUCGGAAAACACUGAAGAGCUGGAGAAGAGCUUUCACUUGAAACCUAAGACGCCCGAGGCUUAUUCCUACCUAAACCAAUCGGGCUGCAUGCGCUCUGAUCUUAUCGAUGAUGCAGAGAACUUUUGCAACUUGAAGUGCGCGCUGCAGUUUAUUGGUAUUCGUGAAAGCGCACAGCACGAGAUUUUCCGUCUCGUGGCGGGCCUACUGCAUGUGGGCAACAUCAAAAUUAGCCAAGAAGACACUGAAGAAGGAGAAACAGCCUGCAUCCGCCAAGAUGACGUCGAGUCACAGGAAGCAGUGCGCCACGCUUCGGAGCUCCUGGGCGUUUCCACGGAGCAGCUCACGGACAGCAUCUUGUUAAAGCGGAUCAUGACACGUGGAUCUCGACGCAAUUCGAUCUAUUACAUCAAACGUGAUGUUCGAAAUGCCGUGUAUUCACGUGACACGAUCGCCAAGACGAUCUACGAAAACACUUUCACAUGGCUUAUGUCGGAAUGUGCUGCGGCAUUGGACUAUGACUCGUUCCGAAGUGAUGUGGUGCCUUAUAUCGGCGUGCUUGAUAUCUUCGGCUUCGAGGAUUUCGAACCAAAGAACCGAAAUUCGUUUGAGCAGCUGCUUAUUAACUAUGCUAACGAAACACUGCAGAGUCUGUUUAACACGUGCAUCUUUGAGGCUGAGCAGGAGCUGUACAAGAGCGAGCACAUCUACCACCCGACAAACCGCACACUUUCUUUUCCGUUCCCUCUUGCCGGCCAAUCGGUUAUGGAUACAGAUCCGGAGAAUGACAUUGAUUUCUUGGCGGAGCAAGUUGCGCCCAGUGGUGACCUCGUGGCCUACUCGGACAACCGCGAGUGCUUGAAUCUGAUUGCCAGUCGUCACGGCGGCCUAUUUGCAACAAUUGACAACGUGUCGCGGCUGCCGAUGCCUUCAGACCGAAAGCUUAACGAGCGCUUACACACACUCUUCAAACGCCACCCGUGUUUCCCGACGCCGCAUCCCAAGGACAUUCGCGACACAUUCCUUAUAUGCCACUACGCCGGCACAGUGUCUUACACGAUCAACUCGUUCGUGGACAAGAACAACAACAUCGUCUCAGACCAGUUUGAGGAGCUCCUGAAGAAUUCGUCAUCACGUGUACUGCAGGACUUGACUGGCAAUACUCGCAAUGGCAACCGUGCGCGCUCAGCAUCUACUGUGUCGUUGAAGUCCACGGGGUUAUCGCCUCUCGGUGGCGGCUCAGCAUCUUCAAAACGUCUUAAGGGAGGAAGUACGUCCAAUCUAUUCUCUACGCAGAUGAAGGGCCUCACGACAGAGCUAGAAGGAACGAGUUGCAACUUUGUGCGUUGCAUUAAGCCGAACACGCAAAUGAAGGCUGGGCUGUUCGAUCGGCAGUUUGUCGUCGAACAAUUACGAUGCUCAGGUACGGUGCAAGCUUGCGAAGUGCUUCGUGUUGGCUUGCCUACUCGUAUUCUUUACGCCGAAGUGGUCGAUGUGUACCGCAACUUACUGCCAUACAAGGCAUUUUGUCGCUUUGACUCGAACGACAAGCUCUUCACGCAAGCAAUUCUGUGGGCUUACGACUUCCCGACUGCUGCCUAUCGGUUGGGUGAUACUCGUCUGUUUUUCCGAACUGGCAAGAUCGAUCUGUUGGACAAGCUUCUUACACCAGCUCCGGUGUCGAGCGAAAACUUGGGCAAGCAGUUACUACUCUACUUGCGCAAGAAGCACUGGAUCAGUGCCAUUACUGCUGUGGCCACUUUUAACGCGUUUAAGCGAAUCUUCCAAAAUGUUCGGUAUCGUCGCCGUGCCACGAUGAUUCAGUGCAUGGUGCGUCAGCACCUUGCUCGGAAGCGUGUGCGGCAGAUUCGUGUGCAGUUACGGAUGCACAAGCUAUGGACCAGGAUGUCGCACCAAGCACAGAUCAUGCGCGCGUAUCAGGACCGCCCCGAGGACAAGAUGAUGCUACUUGACAAGUUGCUCGCCAAGAACUACUUUUCUGUACAGCAACGCUGGUUGCUGAAGUGGCUGGGCCCUCUACAGCGCGUCAUUUACUUGCAGAAGCGCUGGAAGAAGAUCACUGCACAGUAUAUGGCGAAGCGUGGUUUUAUACAGCUCUAUGAAGCUGUGCGACGCAACCGCAGCGCAGUGCGUGUGCAAUCACGUGUCCGUGCGAUGAUCGCUAGAACGCGUUUCCUCAAGCUUAAAAAGAAAGCUCUUGCUCGCCAUCGCUGGCAUGCUGCUUUUCUGAAUGUAAAAGUCUUUGGUCUGUUCAAGCGGCAACUGCGUCUAAUCCAUGUAGACCGGCUGGAGAAAGACAAUGCAACUUUGAUGAACGGCAUGGCGGCUGUGACAGACCAGAUGAGGAAGGCUCAGGAGCAAGCCAGGACCGCGAAGCUGCAGCUCAAGCAAUUACAAGUAUCAUACGACAAAGUGACGACUGAAGCCAAGCAACAGCAUCAACGCGUGGAAGAAUUGGAGCUAGCUCUGCAGGCCAAGCGAUUUGAGGUCGCAGAGCUACGCCGGCAGACCAUUGUGGGAGGGAGCCUUGUGGAGCGCAUCAUUCGCUUUUUCACAUGCAGUGCCGCCAUCUCCCCACCGUCUUCACCGCAAAGCAUGGUCACACCUUCUCGAUUACCGACAUUGAGACUGCAGACGCAGUCGGCUUCGGAAGAGACAUUUGACAAGGUUGACCGGAUAGUCUGGGCUACGCCGCUGAGUGAGGCUGUCAUAAUUCCACAAGUGGAUGAAGGAGACGUCGCCAAACGACGUAUCAGUGUCACUGCAAUUGAUGAUGAGCCUGCGUUCGAUUCGGAGGACGAAGAGUUUCGCUCGAAGGAUGCCGACAUGCUGUGGUCUGUGUCUCGGUACAUAUUCUAA